CGGCCGGAUCUCUAAUCUCGGCAGCGGCGGCGGCAGCUGCAGCAGGAGACGCCGCCUAGGGAGCUUGCGCCCAGCGGCCCGCGAGUCGGUCUCGCGGUGAAGAGGAGCAGGGCCGGCGAGACAGUGUCCGAGGGAAGGAGCGCAGAAGCUGACUCCCGGCUAAGGAGGUGGACGGGGCCGCCGCGGACCCGGAGGAAGGAGGAGGAGGGGAGGCACUCGAAGGACGCCUGGAAGAGGAAGAUGCCGAGUACGGACGUUCUGAUGUUGAAGGCCUUUGAGCCCUACUUCGAGAUUUUGGAAGUGUAUUCCACAAAGGCCAAGAAUUAUGUAAACGGGCAUUGCACCAGGUAUGAGCCCUGGCAGCUAAUUGCAUGGAGUGUCGUGUGGACUCUGCUGAUAGUCUGGGUGUACGAGUUUGUCUUCCAGCCAGAGAGUUUAUGGUCAAGGUUUAAAAAGAGAUGUUUUAAGCUUAUCCGGAAGAUGCCUAUUAUUGGUCGUAAGAUCCAAGAUAAGUUGAACAAGACCAAGGAAGAUAUUAGCAAGAAUAUGUCAUUCCUGAAAGUGGACAAAGAUUACGUGAAAGCCCUGCCCUCUCAAGGAAUGAGCCCGGCUGCAGUUCUGGAGAAGCUCAAAGAAUACAGCUCUAUGGAUGUCUUGUGGCAAGAAGGGAAGGCCUCCGGAGCGGUGUACAGUGGGGAGAAGGAGCUCACUGAACUCCUUGUGAAGGCUUAUGGAGAUUUUGCAUGGAGUAAUCCGCUGCAUCCAGAUAUCUUCCCAGGACUACGUAAAAUAGAAGCAGAGAUUGUGAGAAUGGCUUGUUCCCUGUUCAGUGGGGGACCAGAUUCCUGUGGAUGUGUGACCUCCGGGGGGACAGAAAGUAUUCUGAUGGCCUGUAAAGCUUAUCGGGAACUGGCCUUCGAGAAUGGGAUCAAAACUCCAGAAAUUGUAGCCCCCCAGAGUGCCCAUGCUGCAUUUGACAAAGCAGCCAACUAUUUUGGGAUGAAGAUUAAACGGGUUCCACUGAACAAAGUGAUGGAGGUGGAUGUUCAGGCAAUGCGAAGAGCCAUCUCCAGGAACACUGCCAUGCUCGUCUGUUCUGCCCCCCAGUUUCCUCAUGGUGUGAUAGAUCCUGUCCCUGAUGUGGCCAAGCUGGCUGUCAAAUACAAAAUACCUCUUCAUGUGGACGCUUGUCUGGGGGGCUUCCUCAUCGUCUUUAUGGAGAAAGCUGGAUACCCACUGGAGCAGCCAUUUGAUUUCCGGGUGAAAGGUGUGACCAGCAUUUCAGCUGAUACUCAUAAGUAUGGCUACGCUCCCAAGGGCUCUUCAGUGGUGUUAUACUCUGACAAGAAGUACAGGCACUAUCAGUUCUUCGUUGACACAGAUUGGCAGGGCGGCAUCUACGCUUCCCCAACCAUUGCGGGCUCACGGCCUGGUGGCAUCAGUGCAGCCUGUUGGGCCGCCCUGAUGUACUUCGGUGAGAGCGGCUACGUUGAAGCUACCAAGCAGAUCAUCAAAACCACUCGCUUCCUCAAGUCAGAACUGGAAAAUAUCAAAGGCAUCUUUGUUUUGGGGAAUCCUCAAUUGUCAGUCAUUGCUCUGGGCUCCCAUGAUUUUGACAUCUACCGACUAUUCAACCUCAUGAAUGCCAAGGGCUGGAGCUUGAACCAGUUGCAGUUCCCACCCAGCAUUCAUUUCUGCAUCACGUUGGUACACACCCGUAAGCGAGUAGCGAUACAGUUCCUAAAGGACAUCCGGGAAUCCGUCACUCAAAUCAUGAAGAAUCCGAAAGCAAAGACCACAGGAAUGGGUGCGAUCUACGGCAUGGCCCAGGCUACAGUCGACAGGAACCUGGUGGCAGAAUUGUCCUCCGUCUUCUUGGACAGCCUUUUCAGCACAGACACUGUAACUCAGGGCAGCCAGAUGAAUGGUUCUCCAAAACCCCGCUGAGCGGGGAUCCUCCGUGGCCCCGAGGUGCAUCUGGCCUUCAGAAGGUUCUCGGGGUGUGGGACAGGCCACUGGUUUCAGCAUCUGGUCUUCGCUCCACAGAGCACAACGAAGCAGACCGUGAGACAGCCUGGUCCUCAGGGUUCUUGUUUCCGUCCUGUUGUGGUUUUUAAUGUGAAGACUCGAAAGGAUUCCAUGACGUAAUUGUUUUGCCCUUGUUCUAAAUGUUACCCUGGAAACUGUUUUAAACAUUUCCUUCUCUAA